AUGGCGGCAAGGCUCAUAGCAACGUCUCCUUUUGUAGGAAUUGCAGUUUUUGUCUCGCUCAUCGCUCUCGUCGCGUUUUAUUAUAAGCCUUUCUCACAACAGAGAUUGUUCACUGUUGAAGAAUUGGCCUUGUACAACGGGACUGAUCAAAGCUUUCCCAUUUUAUUAGGAAUUCUCGGAUCGGUUUUCGACGUGACAAAAGGAAAAUCUCAUUAUGGUGAGGGUGGGGGUUACAAUCAUUUUUCAGGAAGAGAUGCUUCACGAGCAUUUGUUUCAGGAAACUUUACAGGUGAUGGACUCACAGACUCGCUACGUGAUUUAUCCAGUACACAGGUGAAGAGUGUUGUUGAAUGGAGGGAUUUCUACUUUAGAAGUUACACAUUUGUAGGUAAGCUAGUAGGUCGUUACUAUGAUUCUGAAGGAAAUCCUACAAAAUAUUUGAAGGGAGUGGAAGCAAAGGCUGCUAGAGGUGCUCAGCUUUUGGAGAAACAGAAGAAAGAAGAAGCGAAGCAACCUAGUUGCAAUUCGAGGUGGAGUCAGGACGAGGGUGGAGAGGUUUGGUGUGAUGAGGGCGUCCCAAGGUUAGUUCAGAGACCACUAGAAAUUGCUUUAACUGGGAAGAUGAGCAAGCGAUGUGCAUGCUUUAAAGAAGAUCAACUGGACCAGUCAGGGUUGGAAGUCUACGAAGGAUGCGAUUUCCUUGCGAAGACUUGCCGAGUUUAA